UAAACAUCAUUUUAGCGCCAUUAACCGAUGUCUUGAAGUCCCAGCCCAAGACACAUUCCUUGCACCAAUGGAGUUUGAGAUAAAUGCUAUUUCCCACCAUGUUGCUGCAAGUCACAAACAAGCCUGCAGUGACCUUGAGAAGGCCAGCCAAUUCAUCACAGAAGCAUUGCAGAAUGAGGUCCAGAGGAACACAAUUCUGUGCAUGUUAAUCCACCAUCUGGAAGAGAGGGCGGCUGAGAAUGGAAGGAGCCUAUCAGAGCAGGUGGAGUCAAACCGGCAGCUGAAGCUCCAGGUGGAUGAACUACAGAAACAACUGGAGAACAAGGACAACUCCUUAACACAAGCCAAACAGAGUAUUGUAAUCCUGACGAAUGAACUGACUGACCUGCAACAGCAGAUGCAGAGCCACCAGAGUAGUUGCAGGACGAUUCAGGAAGUGACUGAAGGACUGCAGGAAGGAGAGAGCCAGCCCAAUGUGGUGAAAGAGGAGGACGGUCCACUGCAGAAUGUAGACACUGGCAUUAAAGAGGAAGAAUGUUACGCUGCUGUUGCUGAUGGAUAUAAUUGUACUCAAUCUGAUGAAACUAACUCUGCCCCAAAACCGAUCUCUUCAUUUGCAGAUAUCAAAUCUGAACCGGUGCAGGAAGAAGAUGAAAAAUCAGACCUGUCUCCAGUCGUCAGCUCAGACAUGACUCCAGUCGUCAGCUCAGCUUCAAACAUGGCUCCAGUCGUCAGUUCUGUGAUGAUCCAGUCCCUUCCAGAUCCACCGUCCCUGGUCAAGUGCAGGAGGUUAUCAGUGCAAGUGGUCGACUGCUGUGCAACACAAGGUCAGCAAAGAACACAAGACCACAAGAGUAACAAAGAUGGUGAAAACCCCAAAACUGGAACAGGAGGAGGGUCCCAACCCAAAUCUACUGCAGCCCCAGAGACCACAUUGAAGAAGUAUCUCUGUUCUGGUCUCAGUAACGUGAAAACUCCAAAAGCACAUCAGCAAACCCAUCAAGGGAAGCCAACCAAAGAUGAACCAAAUCAGUUCGGACAGUGUGGCAAAGGUUUUAGUACAGCAACACGUCUUAAAAGGCACCAGCUUACACGCACAGGAGUAAAGGCCCAUCAAUGUAAACAGUGUGGCAAAUGUUUUACCCAGGCGGGGAGUCUCAGACAACACCAGCUCAUUCAUACAGGAGAGAUGCCCCAUCAAUGUAAACAGUGUGGCAAAUGUUUUACACAGGCAAGUAAUCUCAAAAAACACCAACUUACACACACAGGAGUAAAGGCCCAUCAAUGUAAACAGUGUGGCAAAUGUUUUACACGGACAGAUCAUCUCAAAACACACCAACUUACACACACAGGAGAGAUGCCCCACCAGUGCAAACAGUGUAAGAUGCGUUUUCGGCACGUAAACUCACUUAAACUACACCAUCUUACACACACAGGAGUAAAGGCCCAUCAAUGUGGACAGUGUGGCAAAUGUUUUACACGGGCGGGGAGUCUCAAACUACACCAGCUCAUUCACACAGGAGAGAAAGCCCAUCAAUGUAAACAGUGUGGCAAAUGUUUUACCCGGGCGGGGAAUCUCAGAGAGCACCAGCUCAUUCAUACAGGAGAGAUGCCCCAUCAGUGCAAACAGUGUAAGAGGCGUUUUCGGCACGUAAACUCACUUAAGCUACACCAGCUUACACACACCAAAGAAAAGCCCUACCACUGCAAACAGCAUAAGAAGGCGUCCUCUCCCAGAAGCUCUUCAACGACACCAACUUAAGCUCCCUUCAUUCAGUGUCCUAGAAAGCUCUUGUUUUUACCCUGGAUAAACCAUUAACAACCGUGACAAUCAGGGAACAACGGGACAGGUGGCAACCCUAGUAUUGAUGCCACUGAUCUGGUACACAACACCCACACAUGCAAAUAGACGCAUACAGUACAUGAACAGUACACACAGAUGCAGACAUGCAAAUAGACACAGUAUAUAGUACAUGCAGACACACACAUGCAGAUACAGUACACACAGACACAAAUGCAAACAGAUCAUACAGUCCACACAGACAGACACAUGCAAACAGAUAUACAUACAGUAGAUGCACACAUGUGAACAGAUACAGUGCACACAGAGAGACGCACACACACAGACACAUACAGUUGGCCUACACACAGACGUGCUCUUGCACUCUGCCCUGUCUAAAGGGUCUGUCUGGUGGAGAAACGCUUUCGAGAAACGGACCGCUGGUACACAACACCCACACAUGCAAACAGAGAUACACAUACAGUAGAUGCACACAUGUGAACACAUACAGUACACACAGACGUGCACUUGCACUCUGCCUGGUCUAUGGGCUCCCUCUGGUGGAGUGUAUUGAGUGUUUCUAAUAUGUUCUGGAACCUUCUCAUAGAUAUAACACACACACACACACACACACACACACACACACACACACACACACACACACACACACACACACACACACACACACACACACACACGGCCAAUGAGGAAAGGCAGAGCAAGAUAUGGAGGACGGGGGUGGUGAUUAAACAUGUUGAUGAAGUGAUAAACAUGGCUAAACUAGA